CGUGUUCCGUAGAUUGUCUUUGCCGAUGGCUACCUUAAUACUCAUUUGUUCCUUUGCAAUUAAUUCUCUUAAAAGAAUAUUUCGAAUUUUUGUCUUCCAGUCUGACACCGCAUGUUGGUCGUCUUUGUCGAUUUCCCUUCAUCCUCAUCGAUUCACUGAUUACUGGUUCCUUCAUACUCAUCACCUUCCACCUCUACCUCUAGUAGUACUACUUCCGGCUCUUAUUUCGCUUCCACCACCACCGCCGGUUGCUCUAGUAAAUCAUGUCGCAGAAGCGGCAAAAGCAGGACGAUGUCAGUACUUCUUCACAGGAAGAACAGGAACAAGAACGGGAACAUCAGUCGUUUUCCGAUGCGGCAGCCCGUCGUAAACGUCCUUCUUUCAGAAAUGCAGUGUUGGAGGUGAUGAAGUUCUGUACAAUCCACAAGUAUGUGGAGCCAGUUUUGGAGCCCUUGAUCCGCAGAGUAGUGAAAGAGGAAGUUGAAAUGGCAUUGGAAAAACAUUUUGCACACAUGAAGUGGGAUUGUGAGGAUGAGAUAGAAUCUUUUCACCCAAAGAACUUACAGUUACAGUUCCUAAGUGCUCUAUCUCUUCCAGUUUUUACCGGGACCCGUAUUGAAGGAGGAGACUGCAACAUGCUAAAAGUAGCAUUAAUCGAUGCUCAUACUGGGAAAACAAUUUCCAGUGGGAUCGAAUCAUCAGCAAAAGUGGAAAUAGUGGUUCUUGAGGGAGACUUUGGUGAUGAUUCUGAUGACAAUUGGACACUUGAAGACUUCAGUGCUAACAUUGUUAGAGCGAGACACAAUUCAAGCUGGACAAGGAGUCGGAAAUUUAGACUGGGAGCACGGGUUUUGGACAAUUUUGAUGGAAUUCGAGUGAGAGAAGCAAAGUCGGAGUCUUUUGUUGUCCGAGAUCAUCGUGGGGAACUAUACAAGAAACAUCACCCACCGUAUCUGUCUGAUGAGGUAUGGAGACUUGAAAAAAUCAGCAAGGAUGGAGCUUUUCACAAGAGGUUGAACAAGGAAAAAGUCAAAACAGUCAAAGAUUUCUUAGUUCUUUACUUUCUAUACCCUGCAAGGCUUCGACAUAUUCUAGGAUCCGGUAUGUCUGCUAAAAUGUGGGACGUUGCUGUGGAACAUGCUACAAGAUGCGUGAUAGAUGAUAACAAAUUGUACUUGUAUUGUCCUCAAUCUCAUCAAAGGGAUGGCGUUGUGUUCAAUAUUGUGGGACAAGUCCUUGGACUUCUUUCGAAUUGCAAAUAUGUUGUUUCCAACAAACUUUCAGAAACCGAAAAGACGGAAGCCCACAAGUUGGUGAUAUAUGCAUUUCAAAACUUGGAGAAAGUUGUUUCCUAUGAUGAUGAAGCAUCUCUUACAACCGGAACUUGCUCUUUAACCGAAGAUAUAGGAAAUAACAAUUACCUUCCAAAAGGCCGAUUUGAUUACCCACAGAUGAACGCGCCAUCUCCAAGUGAAUACGAGUCGAAUCAAAUGGGUUCAAUCAAUGUUGGAUUUGAUGAGCCUAUGGACUUCGAAUGCCAUGUUGACAACACCUUGAUUUGUGAUCCGAGCUCAACCAUGCAUUUGCAAUAUCUUGGUACUUCUUCUUCUCCACCCGGUGAUUUGCAGUGUGCGGUUGAUAGGUUUUUGUUUCCGUGUUCGGGCAUGGGGAAAGCUCAGAGGAGAUGGAAGAUUGUGUCGAGUGUUGUAAAGUGGUUCUCACUUAUGUUAGAGAUACGCAAAGGGGAUUUAUCGUCAAAUGCUCGAUUGGUGGAUGAAAAUACUCGGUUUUAGAGCGAGUUAAAGUUCAAAUUUAUGGUUUCUUGUGUAUAUACAAACACCACAGCAGAAGGUGUGAUUUGGCUGAGGUGAUACGAUGUUGCUCUAUUCGUGUACAUUACAUGCAGGCUGGAGCAUAAGCAAUGCUUUUAGAUUGUUGAUUGAAUGGAGUAUGAUGGUGCUAGAACUUGUUACCCCGUUGGCCAAAUUCUGAUCCCCAAUACACGAAAAAAGAUCUUUCAAAUGUUGAUCUACUUUCCAUGUUGGAGUUGGCAUGGAUCUAAGAAGUUAAUAAAAAAAAUGAAAAAAAAAUUGGUGUAGCAAGAUCAUUUGAAUGUACAUACUUGAAGUUUUUUUUAUUCAUUCUAUUUGUGCGAGAGAUUUGGCAGUUGAGGACCGUUUGGGUGUAAUAAAAUAUAAUUGUUAUUUGUUUCAUAUGAUCAACUUUAGUUUAUAAAGAAAAUUGAAGUAUG